CUUCUACAUCAUGCCUCCUCCUCUUCCUUUCUUUUCACCUUGGUCUUUGUGGAAUAAUUGUUUAUCUCCCACUGUGUCGCACCACACCGACUUCCUAAAAUACCUAGGCUCGUCAUGACACGCUCUGCGGCACUAAUCGUCGUUCUAGCAGCCAGUAUAGGCGCUACAGGUGCUACAGUUCGCGAUGAGCAGGCGAUUCUGCGGCGUUCCUGUCCUGAAUACCUAUCCUAUUCCUCUGUCGGACAUGCCCCGUACAGCGGCGGUGCCUUGAAUCUGCCGUUCCAGCGCCCUUCUGUCGAAUGCCGGACCUUCUCGUCACCUGCAGUAGAGACUGUCAUUGAAGAUGUGACGUCGCGAAUGGUCGACAAAGACCUCGCGCAGCUGUUCCGGAAUGCCUUUCCCAACACGCUAGACACGACCAUCCGCUGGCACGUCAACGGGACCCAGACAUCAACGUCAACAGAUUCCCCGAAGCGGAAACGAGCCAACAACAACGCACCUCAAUGGCAAGGGCUGCAGUCCUUCAUAGUCACCGGCGACAUCAACGCCGAAUGGCUGCGCGACUCGACGAACCAGCUCUCCGGCUAUCAGGCCCUGGCCAAGAAGGACCAGGCUCUCUACAACCUCAUCCUCGGUGCCAUCAACACCCAGGUGGAAUACGUCAUCCAGUCCCCCUACUGCAAUGCCUUCCAGCCGCCCUCGGCAAGUGGCAUCCAGCCGGCCAGCAGCAGCCAGCAGGACACGGUGACGCCAGCGUACAACACCUCCGUGGUCUUCGAAUGCAAGUACGAGCUCGACUCGCUGGCCAACUUCCUCGCGCUGGGCACCCAGUUCCACGAGCACACGGGGUCGACCGAGUUUCUGACUCCGAGAUGGUACCAGGCCCUCGACACCGUGCUGCGGGUCCUCGACGCUCAGUCCCAACCGACGUUCAACGCCGCCCAGCAGUACGUGACGAACGAGUACACCUUCCAGCGCCAGACGACCCUGGGCACCGAGACCCUCAAUCUCGCGGGGAUCGGCAACCCACUCAACGGCGGCACGGGGCUCAUCCGCAGCGCCUUCCGGCCCAGCGACGACGCCACCAUCCUGGGCUUCUUCAUCCCCCCGAACGCCAUGAUGGCCGUGCAGCUGCAGAAAACCGCCGCGGUGCUGCGCCGCCGCGCCGCGGCAGCGGGGAACGGGAACAACAACAAAAACAACAACGCAACCCACCUCGAUGUCGUCGCGGAUGACCUGCAGUCCCGCGGGGAGAAGCUCGCGCAGGCCGUCCGCGAGCACGGCAUCGUCCAUCACCCGGUGUACGGCGACGUCUACGCCUUCGAGGUGGACGGAUACGGCUCGCGCAUCCUGAUGGACGACGCGAACGUGCCCUCGCUGCUCUCGCUGCCGCUUUUAGGUUUUGUCGACCAGCAGGACCCCGUCUAUCAGAACACGCGCAAGAUGAUUUUGAGUCCCGCCGGAAACCCGUACUAUCUGACCGGGACGGAUUUCCAUGGUAUCGGGGGUCCGCAUAGUAUGUCCCCCCCUCCCCUAUGUUUCCCGACUUGGGUAUUUCCAAUCCUCAGAGAAGAAAAGAGGACUAAUUUUUUUUCUCUUGUUUUCGUGUAGUCGGUCUACAGAAUGCAUGGCCCAUGUCCCUGCUCGUGCAAGCGAUGACAACGGACAACAUCACCGAAAUCACCGAGUGCGUGAACCUGGUCCGCAACUCGAGUCUGCUGGGCUUGGUCCACGAGUCGAUCAACGUGAAC